GGAUCCUCUCACUUUGGACUGACUUCUCUUUCCAGAGGAUUUGAGACUGAUUGCAGAUAAUCAAGAGAAGAUGCCUUCUGCCUCCUGUGAUUCUCUCCUGGACGACAUAGAAGAUAUUGUGUCACAGGAAGAUUUAAAGCCACAAGAUAGGCAUUUUUCACGGAAGCAUGUUGUUCCAAAGGUGCGAAAGCGAAACACCCAAAAAUAUUUGCAAGAUGAAAACAGCCCACCGAGCAAUAGCACUAUUCCAGGCAUACAGAAAAUUUGGAUGCGAACAUGGGGUUGUUCUCAUAAUAAUUCGGAUGGAGAAUAUAUGGCUGGACAACUAGCUGCUUAUGGAUAUGAAAUUACAGAAAAUGCAUCAGACGCAGAUCUAUGGCUCCUGAAUAGUUGUACUGUAAAAAACCCAGCUGAAGACCACUUUAGAAACUCCAUAAAAAAAGCUCAAGAGGAGAACAAGAAAAUUGUGCUAGCUGGAUGUGUUCCUCAAGCCCAGCCUCGGCAGGACUACCUUAAAGGACUGAGUAUCAUCGGGGUUCAACAGAUAGAUCGAGUGGUAGAGGUUGUGGAGGAAACCAUUAAAGGUCAUUCUGUGAGACUACUGGGUCAGAAAAAGAAUAACGGAAAGCGGUUGGGUGGAGCGCCAUUGGAUUUGCCAAAGAUCAGGAAGAAUCCACUGAUAGAAAUCAUUUCCAUCAAUACUGGGUGUCUCAAUGCUUGUACCUACUGCAAAACUAAACAUGCCAGAGGGAAUUUGGCGAGUUAUCCAAUUGAUGAACUAGUCGAUAGAGCCAAACAGUCUUUUCAAGAGGGCGUCUGUGAGAUAUGGUUGACCAGUGAAGACACGGGGGCUUAUGGCAGAGACAUUGGCACCAAUCUCCCCGCACUGCUGUGGAAACUGGUUGAAGUGAUCCCUCGGGGAGCAAUGCUGAGGCUUGGCAUGACGAAUCCCCCCUAUAUUUUAGAGCAUCUGGAGGAAAUGGCAAAAAUCCUUAAUCAUCCCAGAGUCUAUGCUUUUCUGCACAUACCGGUCCAGUCUGCCUCUGACUCUGUACUCACGGAAAUGAGAAGAGAAUACUGCGUGGCCGACUUCAAAAGAGUGGUGGAUUUUCUGAAAGAGAAAGUUCCUGGAAUAACUCUUGCCACAGAUAUUAUCUGUGGUUUUCCUGGAGAAACAGACCAAGAUUUUCAAGAAACAGUGAAACUCGUUGAAGAGUACAAAUUCCCAAGCCUCUUUAUUAACCAAUUCUACCCAAGACCAGGGACUCCUGCUGCAAAAAUGGCACAAAUUCCAGCACAAGUGAAAAAGCAAAGAACAAAAGAUCUCUCUCGGGUAUUCCAUUCUUACAAUCCGUAUGAUCACAAGAUUGGUGAAAGACAACAAGUGUUAGUGACAGAAGAAUCUUUUGAUUCCAAGUUCUAUGUCGCACACAAUCGAUUCUAUGAGCAGGUUUUAGUGCCAAAGGACCCCACAUUCAUGGGGAAGAUGAUCGAAGUGGACAUUUAUGAAUCAGGAAAACAUUUUAUGAAAGGGCAGCCGGUAUCAGACGCCAGAGUAUACACGCCAUCCAUCAGCAAACCAUUAGCGAAGGGAGAAGUCUCAGGUUUGCCAGAGGAAUUCAGAAAUAGGCUUGGGAAUCACCCGAGUUCAGUAUCCCACGCUUCUGCCGUCGGGCGACACUUCGCAAGCUCCAGGAUGGCCCUCCGCUUGCAAAACCUCCGUCGAGACCGUGCACUGAGGGUGUCCGUGGGCCUGGCUCUGUUGGCUCUUCUUCUCGCCUUUUUUUGUCAAAAUCUCUAAUGAAAACACAACUAAAUGAAACA